UAUGUGGAGCGAGUGGCGCUGGCUCCUGGUCUUGCUGAAUGCCGUUGCCGCUCUCUCGCCUGUCAUCAAAAUUGGCGCUAUAUUCACGGAGGAGGCACGAGGCGGCAGCGCAGAGCUCGCGUUUAAGUACGCCGUGUACAGAAUCAACAAGGAGCGCAAUCUGUUACCCGGGAGUACACUCGUCUAUGACAUACAGUAUACUACGUCUAGAGACACUUUUAGGACAUAUAAAAAAGCGUGUACACAGAUCCGCGCAGGUGCGGUAGCGUUGCUGAACAGCGCUGGACCCUUGUUAGGCGCAACUUUAAGCGCCAUGUGUAGAUCUCUACACGCACCACAUCUGACAGUCGCACAUAAUAUGCCAGAACAGGUCAAUAAUUCAGAUUUCUUCACAAUCAACUUGUAUCCGUCACGGGAUCUCAUGGAUAAGGCAUUCGCGGAGCUGACGGCUUACUUAAACUGGACGAGGAUGGGAAUCAUAUACGAGGAUUAUGGAUAUGGAGAAAUAAAUAUUUUAAAUAUGGCGCGCGAUGGUCGUGAUAUGUACACAGUCCGUUGCGCGGACUCUAAGGACUACCGACGCGGGCUGCAGCAACUAAAAGCGCAACGGAUAUCGCACAUUAUAGUAGACACUGACCCGAAGCAUUUGAGACUGUUCUCUAGGGCUAUUCUUCAGUUGCAGAUGAAUAAUGAAAAUUAUCACUACAUUUUCACAUCUUUUGAUAUGGAACUUUUCGAUUUGGAGGACUUUUAUUAUAACCGAGUUAAUAUGAGCGGUUGGCGAUUGGUUGAUCGCGAUUCAGAUAAAGUGAAAGAGGCUCUCCAAGUUAUGCAGAAAUUCCAUCCAAUUGGUGCAAAUAUUCUUACAGGAGGACAUAUUAAGACAGAACCAGCCCUUCUCUACGACGCGGUGCAAGUCCUCGCGUUAGGGUUAGCUUCCAGUAAAGAGGUGCAUACUGCCAACAUGUCUUGCGAGAGCGGCAUGGCUUGGAUACAUGGGAAGACUUUGAGAGAUAACAUCAAUAAGAUCCAAGCGCACGGUCUAACUGGACCUAUAGAGUUCUCCAACGGGAUCCGGACCAAAUUCAAGCUGCAGUUAAUGCGGCUGGCGGGGGGCGAGGGAGGCGGGGCGGUGCUCGCUGGGACCUGGGACCCUGAUCUUGGUCUGCAGCUAUCAGACCCGGCAGCGUACAGACGUGACCCUCCACCUAAUGUCACCCUUACUGUGGUUACUGUCGAGGAGAAACCGUACGUGAUGGUAAAAGAAGGUUGGAACCUUCAAGGCAACGCGAGAUUCGAGGGUUUCUGUAUAGAUCUUCUAGCACGAGUGGCUGCUAGAGCUGGCUUCCAUUAUACGUUACGAUUAGUCCCUGACAAUAUGUACGGAGCAUGGGAUCCUGACACUGGACAGUGGAAUGGAAUAGUCAGAGAGCUAAUGGACAGG